AUAGCCCAUAGACAGUGACUGCAAUUUCUCGUUUUAGAAGUUGAGGGUUCGAGGGAGAAUCCCCUUUUUUUCUCUCGCUGAGCCCCAACUUCGAACGAUUUCAAUGGACUCCAGAUCCCGGAGGCGGGUCCACAUCGACGAUCGAGCUCCGUCAGCCGGAGCUGUGGAACCACAGGACAUAUCCGGAACCACCGACGAUGUGCAAGGAUUGAAAUUGCGACCCUCCGAUGGGAAUGUGACCGAAGAUCAGGAGCCAUUCAUGGGCAUCAAGGUCCGUCGAAAAGCCUCUCUCCAUCGGGAUUACAAGGGGGAUUACAUCGAUGUGCCCUCGAACCAAUUCUUGAUGAAAAUCUUGAAAAAACAAGGUGAACAGAGUGUGCUUUUUGCAGAUAAAGUUAUGAAGUUCACUGCUACUGGGAAAAUGAAAAGGCGGAUUCUUUUAAUAACGGAGUUCGCUAUCUACAUCGUUGACCCAGAAACUGAUACCCUUAAAAGGAGGAUUGCCUUGGCUGCUGUAGAUAAGAUAUGUUUAAGUGAAUUAAGCGAUAACUUUUUUGCAUUUAUAAUUCCAACGGAAUAUGAUGUACUGAUGGCAAGUACUCGGAAAACAGAGAUUGUAACAGUUUUGGUUGAAGCGUUCAAGAGUUCCUCUGAUUAUGAACUUGAGGUUGUAUUCUCCAACAGGUUUGGAUACAAUGCAGGUGGUGAACUGUUAAAAGAAGUUCAUUUCGAGGAAGUCGAAGGCGGUGUGAAAACAAGAAUUUUAAGGAAGCAGGAGUGAUUUAUCAUUGCUUUAUUGGUCAGUUUCUGAUAGAAGCAGAUUGAUCUUCCUCUUCUUUUAGAAGAAAAAGAUUUGUCAGCCAGUUUAGUGCUUGGUGAAAUUGAAAAGUUGUAUUCAUAUGGCUUAAUAAUGCAAAGUUUUAGAAUGAUUUUGUGGUUGUUUUGAAGUGUAUUGGUUAUUGUAAUUGUUCAUUGUACAAAACUAGACUCGCGAUCUUUGGAAUUUGAUUAUGUAGAUUCUUGAACUGUUUGAAUAUAUAUUGGAAUGAAACAUUGUUAUGGAAA